CAGAGCAGAGGCAGUGCUGGCUGAGAGUCCAUGGUGACCCCGCUGCUCUUUCCAGAGCCUUAGAGAUGCACAGGUCAGAAAGGGCUCAGGGAGGGGGAUACAUGGAGAGGCUCAUGCUGGUGCUGGUGCUGUGGGUAUCCUUGGCAUCCAUGGAGCUCAAGGGAGGCAAGACGACAGUGCCAGCCUCAAACCUGAGUUGCCUCCAGUGCUUCAAGGUCAACAGCAUAAGCCAGUGCCUGCCUGUUCAGUGCCGCAUCACUGAAAAAGUCUGUGUCUCCCACAAGCUGAUCAUCUACACCACAAGAGGUGGCCCAGGUUUUUCUGACUUGGAAGAGACCCUGACUCUUUGCUAUGCCUAUUUGAAGGUGACCUUGAGCAGUUCUGCUUAUGAAUACACAGCAGAAGGUUUAAGAAUGAACAUUCAGAUCAGCAAGCGCUGUGCCCCAAGAUGUCCCAACUUCAACAAUGAGUAUGAGUGGAUGCCAAGCUCCGGGGUGCAGGCCAGGAUUAUCAGGGGCUGCUGCUCCAAGAAUCUCUGCAACAAGGCAUCCACCAGGCAGGAGGGGCUCUGGGUCAGGCUAGGGGAGCUCCUGACACCAGUGGGCCUGAGCUUCCUCUGGACACUACUGUGAGCAUCUCACCCUGAAACCCAAC